CUACCGAACUGUCAACGUCACUGCGCGCCCAACACAGCAACCGUCGGCUGCAAGUUCAAAAAAUACGCGGCGUCGUUUCAAUCACAACCGAAGAAUCCGGAACAUCCGGCGUAGAAGGAAUCACAAGUUCGUUAAAAAUGCCGCGCCGCGUAAGAACCCCACCACGACGCAUCCCGCCCCAACCAUCGGCCAAGGACGGUCAGCGUGCCGGUUCGUCCCGCAAUCAGCCAUCCCAACGAGACUUGCAGGAAGCUGGGCCUUCCCGGGCAGGCACUCGGUCAUCCCGCCGUUCGCGGUCCGAACCGCGACGUUCCGCCAACAGAGACGACAGCAGUAGCUCCAGCGAGGACGAUCGUAGCUACCGGUUGCCCCGAAUGUCCCGAUCGCGCUCGGAGCAGCGCAACGCGCGGCCAACUCGACUCCACGGAGCUCGCGUUCUCCGGGAAAUCACCCGUCUCCAGCUGACCACAGACCUACUGAUCCCGAAGCUACCCUUUGCCCGGCUUAUUCGCGAAGUUCUGCAGCAGUAUUCUCAGCGGAACCUGCGAAUAACCCCGGAGGCCUUGCUUUGCCUGCAAGAAUCGUCUGAAAUCUACCUGACGCAGAUGUUCGAGGACGCGUACCGGUGCACGCUUCACCGGGAACGCGUUACGAUGAUGCCCAAGGACAUGAACCUGGCGCUGUACCUGCGCGAACGGUGGGCUCGCUGAGACUUACCUCCAGGUACGGCGGCUCGUACAUGUUGGCGGAAAAGUGACGAAUCGGGUUUCGGCGAACCAACCACGGGACGAUCUGGGGAGAAAGAUCAUACUUUUAGUGUUUAGUUGUUAGUGUUUGACGAGUGCUGUCGCGUACCUGUCGCAGUGCCAUUAUUUUACUCAGGAAAAUCCGGAUUUUAUACUAAAAACAAACGCGACCUGGUUCCGUGCCUUCGAAGUUUUUUUUGUACUGUCAAACCACACUUUCGAGGUUAUGUAAUGUUUGCACUGUGGGACAAUGUGUUUUGGUUUAGUGGUCAUAAAUUAAAUCUGAAGGAUAUUUUUAAUGCAUUUAACUUUUUUUUAAUAACAACACACACUGCUGUUUAUAAUAAAGAAUGUUGAAUGUUUACAAAC